AUGCCUCAAAAUUCAGCCGUCACCACCUCUGUCAGACCGCAGAGCAACUUUGUUUUCCCACUUUCCUUGGUCAUGACCUCGUUUAAGGGACCACCACUGUCUUGGAUGCUUCUCCAUUUCCUUUUACUUCUUCUCCUCUCCCUUCAUACCCAUCCGACACACGGAACUACCGAGUCCUGGCACUGCGAGGUGCCCUUCUUCCUCCCCCCUGAUCCUUCUCGACCUUGUCGACACGCAUUUCGCGACGAUCCGGAGACGAGUGCUCUGCUCGCGGACUUUGUUGUCAUUGGUCAUCCGACGCCCACCUAUCGACACAGUCCGGGAGUCCUUUACAAUGCCAGUGUUCUUGUCGAACAGGUGUUGAAACGUCCCCGUUUAUCUAUAUACCCUGUGAGGGAGGGCUUUCCCAUUCUCACGGGCCCCUUCUCACAGUGGACAGAUUUGGGUCGCUGUUGGAUCAACGUCCACUCCUCACGGAAGUAUAUUUUUUUCAUUGAUCGACCCAACUGGGCGGGAUUUUUUCGUAUCUCCCAUCUACCCCUCAUCUACACCAACCAGAGGUGGCAAAAGAUCCAGACCAUCCUGAAGUACCCGCGUGAGUUAACUGAGUCAUCGAUGCCGGGAUUGGGAAAAAGUCAUAUGAGUGGGGAGGGACAGGUUUCCAUUCUUAUGUGUGUCUAG